UGAACGAGUGACAGAUGAAGACUACACCAGUGGUGACGGGCCGAUAAGAUACCCCUAUUGCUAUAAAAGUAGAUUGAAUAACGGCCGUGACAGAUGGACUGUUUGGAUAUUUCUCAUUCUCAUACUUAAUAGCGCAACAGACAAGUCCGUAGUUAAAAAAGCAACGACGAUGGUGAAACCCGACGCGGUGAUGAAGGCCAUCACCGGCACUUGGCUCUACCUAAAUGUAACGUCCUACUUCGACAAUGGCACGAUCUCGCACGACUCGGACCCCGCGUUGGGACAGUUUCCUGUCGGCAUGUUGACUUACAAUACUGCUGGCUGGAUGUCCGCCAAUUUCAUGUCUUCUAGGCCGGAGGACCGUCCCGGGGAUAUAAAUACGUGGGCCCCGGACGUUGGCACAGAUGCUGAGUGGGCACUCAUUGGCAAACACACGCUGGCAUAUUCUGGGCCUUGGUACGUCAGCGAGACGACGGACGACGUCGAAGUGGGACAGAUUACACAUGGGCCGACAAAGAUCGCCUGGUUACCUACGUGGGUUGGGAUAGAGCUAAAGAAGAACUAUACGUUGUUAGAAGACAAGACGAUGAUGCGCUUUAGGUCAAGGACUCAGGAUGGCAAGAACGGAGACAUGUUCUUCAGGAGGCUGGCUUAAAGCAAUUCCUAGGUACCUUAGGUACCUAAUAUACGAGGGGCUGUACGAUGUGAUAAGAUCUAAGCAAAAUUUCA